GGGGGCGAGGCCUGGCGCCUGCGCAGUGCUGUGGCCGGCAGCGCGAGCGUCCCUGGUGAAGGGCUGGUGUGGUGUGUGUCAGCGUCUCGUUCGCUGCCUGCGGCACCAUGGCCAGCUACAGCGUGGAGGAGCGCGCCAACCCCAACAGCCUGGAGUACCGGCUCUUCUUCAAAAAUGAUAAAGGACAAUACAUUUCACCAUUCCAUGAUAUUCCAAUAUAUCCAGUUGCUGGCAAGAAUGUGUUCAACAUGAUUGUGGAAGUACCUCGAUGGACAAAUGCAAAGAUGGAGAUUGCAACAAAGGAUCCUCUAAACCCAAUUAAACAAGACGUGAAGAAAGGAAAGCUGCGUUAUGUUGCUAAUGUAUUUCCUCACAAGGGCUAUAUCUGGAAUUACGGUGCUAUCCCACAGACAUGGGAACAUCCAGGACAUAAAGAUGAAAAUACUGGCUACUAUGGAGAUAAUGAUCCAAUUGAUGUGUGUGAAAUUGGAAGCAAGGUGUGCUCAAGAGGAGAAGUAAUUAAAGUGAAAGUUCUGGGCACACUGGCACUGAUUGAUGAGGGGGAGACAGACUGGAAAGUAAUAGCAAUCAAUAUUGAAGACCCUGAAGCAGCCAACUAUAACAAUAUUGAUGAUGUCAGAAAGAUGAAACCUGGAUACCUAGAAGCUACAGUGGACUGGUUUAGAAGGUACAAGGUACCUGAUGGGAAGCCAGAAAACCAGUUUGCAUUUAAUGGAGAAUUUAAAGACCAGGACUUUGCAAUUAACAUCAUCAAAAGCACUCAUGAACACUGGACAGAUCUAGUAUUUAAAAAAACAGAUGGAGGAGAAAUCAAUUGCGCAAAUACAACUGUGUCAGACAGCUCCUUUUGUAUUAGUCAAGAAUCUGCUAAAGCUACUGUGGAAGCAGUACCACCCUGUGGAACUGCCAAUACAAUACCACCUGAAGUGGACAAGUGGUUCUAUGACCAGAAUAUGACCAGAAAAACUAAGACCUAA